AUGACCUGCACAGUGUCUGGGUUUGCAUUAUCUGAUUAUAGUGUACACUGGUUUAGACAACUGCCUGAAUCGAAAUUGGAGUGGAUUGGAGUUAUAUGGAGUAUAUGGCAUGAUGGAAGUAUACACUAUGCAGAGUCAAUGAAAGGACGUCUUACAAUUACAAGAGACACAAACAAAGGAGAAGUUUAUUGCAAACUCACUCAGAUGAAACCAGAAGACACAGCUGUAUAUUACUGUGCUAAGGAAGCCACACUGUCACAUUUACAUUCUAAGUGUGUGCAAAACUACAUGCACUUUCAUCACUUCUGA